CCCCCCCCCCCCCCCCACCCCCCCUCUCUCUUCAAUCUCCAAUGAGCAGAAACAGAAACAAAAACAGACACCCUCUCCUUCUUAACUGAAACAUGUUUACGAUAAUAGUUCCCUUCUCACCACUUCCUCCAACAAUAUAAACCCCACUCUGUAAUAACUCCCAUCUUGUUUUUGCGUCUGAUUUUUCUAUGUUUCCACCCUUAAAAACAAUGGCCGCACCACCUCUAGUGAAGCACUCUACUUCUAUCUCAUCUUUCCCUUCUAAUUCUCUACUACUACCCCAUCAAGAUUUUUACAAAAAGACCAAUCCGUGCUCUUCAUUUUUUGGUGAAAAUUCCCUAAAUAUGUUGAAUUAUGGAGCCAAGACGUCUAGAUUGGUGAGUAAUACAAGGAGGAAAAUGUGUGCAGUGGCUUCAUUAGGAGGUUUGCUAGGUGGGAUUUUUAAAGGGACGGAUACAGGUGAGUCCACUAGGAAACAGUAUGCUCCAACUGUGAGUUUGAUCAAUCAAUUGGAAGCUGAGAUGUCUGCUUUGUCUGAUUCUCAAUUGAGAGACAAGACUGCUGCUUUAAAGGAGCGUGCCCAACUCGGUGAAUCUUUGGAUUCCCUUUUACCUGAAGCAUUUGCUGUAGUGAGAGAGGCUUCCAAAAGGGUUAUAGGUCUCCGCCCGUUUGAUGUGCAACUGAUAGGGGGCAUGGUUCUUCAUAAGGGGGAAAUAGCUGAAAUGAGGACUGGAGAAGGAAAGACGCUUGUUGCCAUUUUGCCAGCUUAUUUGAAUGCAUUAAGUGGGAAAGGAGUUCAUAUUGUUACGGUCAAUGAUUAUUUAGCUCGGAGAGAUUGUGAAUGGGUUGGUCAAGUUCCUCGUUUCCUUGGAUUGAAGGUUGGCCUAAUCCAACAGAAUAUGACAAGUGAACAAAGAAGAGAGAAUUACAUGUGUGACAUCACAUAUGUUACCAACAGUGAGCUUGGUUUUGACUACUUGAGAGAUAAUCUUGCCAUGACUGUUGAGGAGCUCGUCUUGAGGGAUUUCAAUUACUGUGUAAUUGACGAGGUUGAUUCCAUCCUUAUUGAUGAAGCAAGGACCCCUCUCAUUAUAUCUGGACCAGCAGAAAAACCAAGUGAUCGGUAUUACAAAGCUGCAAAAAUUGCUACAGCCUUUGAACGAGACAUACAUUACACUGUGGAUGAAAAGCAGAAAACAGUUCUCCUUACAGAACAGGGUUAUGGGGAUACUGAAGAGAUUUUGGAUGUGAAGGAUUUGUAUGAUCCUCGAGAACAGUGGGCUUCGUAUAUUCUGAAUGCAAUAAAAGCAAAAGAACUAUUUCUUAGAGAUGUCAACUAUAUCAUACGUGGCAAAGAGGUGCUUAUCGUGGAUGAGUUUACUGGUCGAGUUAUGCAGGGGAGGAGAUGGAGUGAUGGACUUCACCAAGCAGUUGAAGCAAAGGAAGGUUUGCCAAUUCAAAAUGAAACUGUAACCCUGGCAUCAAUCAGCUACCAGAACUUCUUUCUCCAGUUCCCAAAACUUUGUGGAAUGACUGGCACUGCAGCGACUGAAAGUACAGAGUUUGAAAGUAUUUACAAACUUAAAGUUACAAUUGUGCCUACAAACAAGCCCAUGAUGAGAAAGGAUGAGUCCGAUGUAGUUUUCAGGGCAACUUCUGGAAAAUGGCGAGCAGUUGUUGUAGAAAUUUCUAGAAUGAACAAGACAGGUCGACCCGUCCUUGUCGGUACAACAAGUGUUGAGCAGAGUGAUGCACUAGCAGGACAGUUGCUAGAAGCUGGAAUUCCGCAUGAGGUUCUCAAUGCAAAACCAGAGAAUGUAGAGAGAGAAGCGGAAAUUGUGGCACAGAGUGGUCGUGUAGGAGCGGUGACAAUCGCUACAAAUAUGGCAGGUCGUGGAACAGAUAUAAUUCUCGGUGGAAAUGCAGAAUUUAUGGCCAGGUUGAAGCUACGUGAGAUGCUUAUGCCAAGAGUUGUUAGGCCAGCUGAAGGAGUUUUUGUAUCAGUGAAGAAAUCCCUUCCUCAGAAGACAUGGAAGGUGAAUGAAAGUUUAUUUCCAUGCAAACUAUCCAAUGAGAAUACUAAAUUGGCCGAGGAAGCAGUACAAUUGGCUGUAGGAUCUUGGGGCCAAAGAUCAUUGACUGAGCUUGAAGCAGAGGAGCGCCUAUCUUACUCCUGUGAAAAGGGCCCUGCUCAGGAUGAAGUCAUAGCCAAGUUGCGUAGUGCAUUUUUAGAAAUUGUUAAAGAAUUUAAGGAGUACACUGAGGAAGAAAGGAAGAAGGUUGUGUCUGCUGGUGGAUUACAUGUGGUGGGAACAGAAAGGCAUGAAUCCCGCCGGAUUGAUAAUCAGCUUCGUGGUCGAAGUGGUCGCCAAGGGGAUCCUGGAAGUUCCCGCUUCUUCCUAAGUCUUGAAGAUAACCUCUUUAGGAUUUUUGGAGGAGACCGAAUCCAGGGUUUGAUGAGAGCUUUUAGAGUUGAAGACCUACCAAUUGAGUCCAAUAUGUUGACGAAAUCACUAGAUGAAGCUCAGAGGAAAGUGGAGAACUAUUUUUUUGAUAUCAGGAAGCAACUAUUUGAGUAUGAUGAAGUCCUGAACAGCCAGAGAGACCGUGUUUAUUCUGAGAGAAGGCGAGCCCUUGAAUCUGACAACCUCCAGUCUCUUAUUAUUGAAUAUGCUGAACUGACAAUGGAUGACAUCUUAGAGGCGAAUAUUGGUUCUGAUGCUCCGGUGGGAAGUUGGGAUCUUGAAAAGCUUAUUGCAAAAGUUCAGCAGUACUGCUAUUUGCUAAAUGAUUUGACUCCAGAUUUGCUGCGAAGUAAGUGUUCAAGUUAUGAAGAUUUGCAGGAUUACCUAUGUCUUCGUGGUCGUGAAGCAUAUUUACAGAAAAGGGAUAUUGUGGAGAAAGAAGCGCCCGGCUUGAUGAAGGAAGCUGAGAGGUUCUUGAUUUUGAGCAAUAUUGACCGCUUGUGGAAGGAACAUUUACAAGCAAUCAAGUUCGUUCAGCAAGCUGUAGGCUUGCGUGGCUAUGCACAGCGCGAUCCUCUUAUUGAGUACAAGCUUGAAGGCUACAAUCUGUUCCUGGAGAUGAUGGCUCAGAUAAGAAGAAAUGUUAUAUACUCCAUAUAUCAGUUCCAACCUGUGAUGGUAAAGAAAGACCAGGAACAAAGCCAGAAUGACAAAUCAACCAAAGUUGUCAGAAAUGGUAGGGGUGGUAAGAAAAAACCCAAUCCAGUUGGCACCACGGAGCCGUCAUCAGCUGCCAGCCCUCAGGCUAGUGCAUAAGGCCUAUAUCAAGAAAGGAUUUCGGCCAGAAUUUGAAGGAUAUGAACAAUACGUAAAGCAUCUUCUUCUCAAACAGUGAUAGGAGCUUGAAAUCAUUCGUUGUAAACCUGAUUCGUGCACAUACUGUGAAAAAAAGGGAAUGUAUAUUUAAUUGUACCAUAGAGGAACCACACCACACGAUUUAAACGAGGGAGGAAUUGUGACACUAACUAGAGCUGAAUUUUAUUUUAAUCCUUUUCUUUUUGUGACGAGGCGAAAUGAAUCGAACAUGAAUUGCAUA